UCUCUCUGUCUAAAAGUCCUAAAAAUCUUCCUCUCUUCCACCUACUGUAAUGAGAAGCUGCAGGCAAUGCCGGGGUUAGGGUUUCAAGAGAAGAAGCCAUCGGGUUUCAAAGCUCGGGACGACAGUCCUGAUUCUGUUAUCCUUAGUAUAUUCUCUUCCACUUCUGGAAGCGCUAAUCGUUCAUUUGUAUCCGAUGUUCAUGAUCAAGAAGCUCUGGUUUCUGAAAUCUCUAAGCAUUUGGCAGGACACGAGCGUGAUUACCGUUGGUGCUCGAGUGGCCCAGAUUUAGAUCCGAGGACAUCACGUACAGUCAAUAAGAACAGUCUCCCUGCCACAAAAAGAGACAAGGCAAAAGAACGAGAAGAAGAAAUAGAGACAGAAGACGAUAACUACACCCUAGAUCAACCGCAGACUUCCUUCUCCCAAGCUCUCAAAGAAUGUCAAAACAGGCGACUCAAAUCUGAUGCUACUACAGCUGUCAAAAGAUCAGGUAGGCGAAGACUCUCUGUUUCACUUGAUUUGAAAAAUGGGGCAAGCGAUGUCACCAGCUCUUCGCCGCGAUUGGGAGGCAUGAAGAAGAGCAUUGUUUCUUCUCGCAAAACUGGUAUCUUCCCCAGUCCAGGAACACCGAAUUACCGGCACGGAAUUAUAGGGAUGCAGAAGGGAUGGAGCUCAGAACGGGUUCCAUUGCCAGUGAACGGCAGCCGGAGGUAUGCUACUGCUGCCCUCUUGCCUUUCAACAGUGGAAGGACUUUACCCUCUAAAUGGGAGGAUGCAGAAAGGUGGAUUUGCAGCCCGGUUUCGGGAGAUGGAGUGAGCAGAUCUUCGUUGCCGAACCCUCAGCAGAAGCCGAAGUCGAAAAGCGGGCCGCUUGGCGCACCGGGGAAUGCCUACUAUUCGACUUAUUCGCCAGCUACGCCGAUGUUUGAAGGCGGCAAUGUUGGCAAUUUUAUGGCAAGUUCUCCGUUUUCUGCUGGAGUACUGUUAGCAGAUGAUUUCUCCGGUCGUUGUGUUGGUAGUGGGAGUGGUGUUGGUGGCGGUGGUCCUCUUCUUGCGGCCUUCGAGCCUAGCAUUAUGCGGUCGGCUAGCGUGCAUGGUUGCUCGGAUAUAUUGAGCCUGUUAUCGUUGCAGAGGGCACAAGAAGCAAAACCUGAUUGCACCAAGGGUGCAGCAACCACAAUUUCUAGUGCUGUAUCAAGAAGGGACAUGGCAACACAGAUGAGCCCUGAGGGUAGCACCCAUUCGUCUCCCAAGGAGAGGCCUUCAUUCUCUCCCUCUCCCCUUCCCUUGCUCCUUCCCACAGUGGAGCUGCAGAGCCGUCCUUCUUCUAAAUCAGCAGUCAGGGAUGUGCAGGUAGAUGAGCGAGUCACUGUGACAAGAUGGUCCAGAAAACAUAGUACCCAAAAGCCUGAGAAGGGGCCAAUGGAUGCAGAGGACUGGAGAGAGGAAGCUGCAGAAGCUCAAGUUUCAGCUUGGGAAGUUGCCGAUACUGCAAAAUGCAAGUCAAAGCUUAAAAGGGAGGAAGCCAAGAUAACUGCAUGGGAAAAUUUGCAGAAAGCAAAGGCUGAAGCAGCAAUACGGAAACUAGAGGUGAAACUGGAGAAGAAGCGAUCGUCUUCAAUGGACAAGAUCAUGAACAAGCUGAGAUCAGCUCAGAAGAAGGCCCAAGAAAUGAGGAACUCUGUGUCAUUGAGAGAGGCCCCUCAGGUCCCUCAGAGUUCCAGUAGAGCUCUGUCAUUUAGUAAGACUAAGCAUAUGGGUUCCUUAAGUGGUUGCUUCACCUGCCAUGCCUUCUGAUGAUCAUGCACUCCGUGAUUAAUUUUUUUCUACCUUUGAACACCUGGCAGAGAAGAAAUCGCAGUGAGAUAUGGGAGAAAUAUGAGUAUUGGCAUGGACUCUGGUAUAAUUCAGUUCUGUUUCCAGCAUUAAGGACUAGCUUUCAAAGGUCCUUCCUGGGCAGCAUUCGUUCGGGAUAUAAUGUAUGUAAAGAAAAUAAUGGUUUAAAGUGAAAUGGAAGUGUGUUUCUUGAAUU